CUACUCCGAAACCCGAUGGAUCGCGGCGGUGAUCGUGGCGGGUUGCGGGGGUGGGUGUCUGGUGGUCGUGGAGGUCGUGGUGAUCGCGGCGGUGGCCGUCGAGGUGGCCGUCGUGGUGGCGGUCGCCGUGAGGAUGAGCAGAAGUGGGUUCCCGUUACCAAGUUAGGCCGCCUUGUUAAGGAAGGAAAGAUUGUAAGUCUGGAGCAGAUCUACCUCCACUCGCUUCCCGUGAAAGAACAUCAGAUCGUGGAGACGAUACUCGGCCCCCACCUAAAGGACGAGGUCAUGAAGAUUAUGCCAGUCCAGAAGCAGACCCGAGCCGGGCAACGUACCCGCUUCAAGGCCUUUGUGGUCGUCGGAGAUGGAAACGGUCAUGUUGGCCUUGGUGUAAAGUGCUCCAAAGAAGUAGCCACAGCGAUCCGCGGUGCCAUUAUUCUUGCGAAGCUUUCAGUGGUACCAGUGAGGAGGGGAUACUGGGGGAACAAGAUCGGGAAGCCGCAUACUGUGCCGUGCAAGGUCACUGGGAAGUGCGGAUCUGUCACGGUGCGUAUGGUUCCUGCUCCUCGAGGUGCCGGUAUUGUGGCCGCUAGAGUUCCGAAGAAGGUGCUCCAGUUUGCAGGCAUCGAGGAUGUCUUCACGUCUUCCCGAGGAUCCACAAAGACUCUGGGCAAUUUUGUCAAGGCUACUUUCGAUUGUCUUAUGAAGACAUAUGGAUUCUUGACGCCAGACUUGUGGAUUGAGACUCGCUUUGCAAAAUCACCUUUUCAGGAAUAUACGGACCUACUCUCGAAGCCAACAAAGGCCAUCCUUGAUGAUGUUGAGAGGAUUGACACCUAGUUUUCCGAUUAAGUAUCAACAGCUCCUAGUACUUUAGUUGUUUGAUAAAGCUCCCCCCACCCUUCUGAAAGACCCUUUGCUCAUUUUUUUGUUGAUGUUCUUAUUUAAACUGUUCUUGUUGCUUGCUCCAGACUGUUCCCUGUCAUAACUUUUUGAUUGAGCUAUUUUUAAGAAAAUGUUAGCAUUUUUUUUUAUUU